AUGUCAUCAAAGCCAAAUCAAAUAAGGAAGAAACCAGUCUUGAAACAUCCACUUCUUGUUCCUGAGAAAAAGACUGACAAUCGAUAUGAGCCUAUGCAAAUCAAAGGGUUGCAAGAUGCUGAGGAUUACAACGCUUUCAAAGCCUGUCGAUAUCAAGAGUACAGAAGAACAGGUGGAACUGCAAGCAAGGAACAAUUUGAACGCAGUAGAAAGCAACGUUCUCAUGUUAAACCGCCUGUUCCUUUAUUUGGGCAACCUCGCCCUCAUGAGCCGAAGAUAAACAAGCAAACUUCCGCUUAUGGGUCAUCGAUGAAUUCGCCAGCCGGAGCACAAACCCCACAGAAGACGUUUAUCACAGGCAUAUCCUCUCAUUCUGCUUUUACUCAGCCCGGAUCAUCCCACUCUGGUUCUCAAGAGAAUACCUGGGUAAAAGCGGAGAGUGACUUGCUGAUUUCGCAAAUUGGUUCGUGGGAUGACAAUGAAGAGCCCUGGAAAUUUCCAGAGGAGGAAGAUCAUAAUUCAAUUGAAGGCGCUGAUAGAAUAGAUGGAUAUGAAAAAUGGCGAAGAGACAGGAAGAAAAACGGCUCUAGUGUCAAAUCGGGCACGACAAAUGUAGAAUGGAGUUAUUCUUCAAGAGGAUGGGAAGAGACUAGGAAUAGAAGAUGA